AUGGAGCACAGACACAAACUCACACUAAUCAUCACCCUAACUUCCUUAUCAGCCUCAGCAAUAAUUUCCCUCUUACUCUUUUGUUUCCUGAGAAGAAAAACAAGAUACGCGCCGCCGACAGAUAAGGAGGCCGCCGCGUUUGGGUGCAAAGAAGAAGGGCCGGUAAGCACAGGGGAUUUGAUUAGAUUUCGGGGCGGCGAGAAUCUCGCCGUCGAGGACAUUCUGGAGGCGCCCGGCGAGGUUAUAGGGAAAUCUAGCUAUGGGACGGUGUAUAAAGCUUGUUUGGAUGGUUCGAAUUCGCUUGCAUUGCUAAGGUUCUUGAGGCCAACUUGUACGCUGAGUGUGAAAGAGGUGGUGCCGAUUGUGGAGCUGUUGGGGUCUGUGAGGCACCCGAAUUUGGUGCCCCUUAAUGCGUUUUAUGCGGGUCCAAGAGGGGAGAAGCUCAUAGUUCAUCCUUUUUAUGGGAAUGGGAACUUGGCUCAGUUUAUCAGAGAUGGCAACAACCCUGAGGCCCACAGAUGGCCCACCAUAUGCAGAAUCGCAACCGGCAUUGCCCGUGGGGUCCACCACCUCCACACAAGGCCUCUAAUCCACGGCAACCUCAAGUCGAAGAACAUUUUCCUGGACCUCCACCAUAACCCGCGCGUGUCUGACUAUGGGCUGCAACUUCUCCUGAAUCCGACUGCAGCCCAGCAGAUGCUCGAGGCCUCAGCCUCCGAAGGAUAUAAACCUCCCGAGCUGAUCAAGAUGCGGGAAGCGUGCGAGGAGAGUGACGUUUACUCCUUAGGGGUGAUUUUUCUCGAACUUUUGACGGGAAAGGAGCCGAAUCGCAAUCGGGAUUUUUAUCUGCCUAGCGCCUUGAGGAGCGCGAUUCUUGAGGACCGUAUUGUCGAUUUGUACCGCCCGGAGAUUGUUGUGGGGCUGGCUGAUGAUCGGAGGGCGGCCGUAGUGGAUGGUAUAUUGAGAUAUUUCCAGCUCGCGAUGGCUUGCUGUUCGCCUUCACGCGUGCUGAGGCCCGAUAUAACGCAGGUACUCAAAGGGCUCGAGGAAAUUGGCAAGUAA